CGUGCGGUGGUGGUGGUAGUAGAAGACGAGUGAGGAAAAUCUCGCGCAGAGAGCGGCGAGGCGACGACAUCAUGUCCGUCCGGCUCGCCUGCCUCCUGCUCUGCUGCCGCAUCCUCGCCGCCGCCGACCGGACGAACGUCGCCACCCUCCCGGGCCUCGACGGCGCGCUCCCUUCCCGCCUCGAGACCGGGUACGUGACCGUCGACGAGGAGCACGGCGCGGAGCUCUUCUACUACUUCGUCGAGUCGGAGGGCGAUCCCGGCACCGACCCCGUCCUCCUCUGGCUCAACGGCGGCAACCGCUGCUCCGUCCUCAGCGCCCUCUUCUUCGAGAUCGGUCCGGUGAAGCUGGUGAUAGAGCCCUACAACGGCGGCCUGCCGCGGCUGCGGUACCACCCCUACUCGUGGACCAAGGUCACCAGCAUCAUUUUCGUCGACUCGCCGGUCGGCGCCGGCUUCUCCUUCUCCCGGGACCCCGGGGGCUACAACGUCGGCGACGUCUCCUCCACGCUGCAGCUCGUGAAAUUUGUCAACAAGUGGUUCGUUGAGCAUCCUGAAUUCUUGGCGAAUCCGUUGUACGUUGGGGGAGAAUCCUACGCUGGAAAACUAGUCCCAUUUCUCGUGCAGAAGAUUUCAGAAGACACUGAAGCUGGAGUCAAGCCUGUCCCUAAUCUCAAGGGAUAUCUGGUUGGUAACCCAAGUACAGGCGAAAGCAUCGAUCACGACACCGUCGUGCCUUACGCUCACGGUGUCGGAAUCAUUUCAGAUCAACUAUACGAGACGAUAUUGGAGAAUUGCGGGAGAGGGGAUUAUGCCAAUCCCAAGAACGGAAUUUGCGCUCAAGCAAUGAACAGGUUCAAUGAUCUCAUUGGAGAAGUUUGGGGGGCACACAUUUUGUAUAAGAACUGCAUUGAUGCGUCUCCCAAACCAGAUGAUGCUACUGCUGGAAGAAAGAUUCUGAAGGAGGAAAUUGUGGUGCAAAACCGUCUGCCACCACGUCCGGCAAUGGAUUGUCAAACCUAUCCCAACUAUUUGUCCUAUUUCUGGGCUAACAGCAACAUCACACGAGAAACCCUUCGUAUCAAGAAGGGAACUGUGGAUGAGUGGGUGAGGUGCGAUGACGAUGGACUACUGCCUUAUUCUGGGGACCUUGGGAGCAUUAUUAAGUACCAUCGUAAUCUUACAUCUAGAGGCUAUCGUGUCUUGGUAUACAGUGGCGACCACGAUUCCAUCGUUCCAUUUCUCGGCACACAGGCCUGGGUGAGAUCACUCAACUAUCCAAUUUUGGAUGACUGGAGAGCCUGGCAUACGGAUGGUCAGUCCGCAGGAUUCACCGUAACAUAUGCAAAUAGCUUGACCUUCGCUACUAUAAAGGGUGGUGGACACACUGCACCAGAGUACCAGCCAGAGAGAUGUCUUGCAAUGUUUGGGCGUUGGAUUUCUGAGAAACCACUUUGAUAUAUAUGAUUGUGUGUCUAAUGAAGGUAUAAUCCUCUGUCAUGUUCAUCGGGCAAUGAGGUAGCUAGCAGUGCACAAUAUGGUCAUAGAGCAGCCACAGCACAGGGCAGUACAUGUCAGAGAGGACCAGAUCAAGUUCUGUAUGGUACUAGAGUGAAUAUGAAAAGAGUUCAAAAUGAUCCUUAGAUCAUCUCUCUCUGUGGUAUAAAUUUGACUCAGAUCAUAUCAUUGUGUGGUAUAAA